UCCUUAAUGGGAAUGGAUCUUCUCUUCCUGGGUUGUCCCUGCCUUCCUAUUUCUGUCGACUGUCUCUUGCACAUCCUCGGUCUCAUCCUCCCUCUUCCGGAUUCUGAGAGGAGAAGAAGGGGAGAUCGAGAUGGUGAGGGGGAAGACGGAGAUGCGGCGGAUAGAGAACACGGCGAGCCGGCAGGUAACUUUCUCCAAGCGCCGCAACGGCCUCCUGAAGAAGGCCUACGAGCUCUCCGUUCUCUGCGACGCCGAGGUCGCCGCCAUCGUCUUUUCCACCAGCGGCAAGCUCUACCAGUUCUCCAGCACCAGCCUGGAGAGGACGAUUGAUCGUUAUAAGAUGUACACUGGGAAUGGCAGCACAGAUAAAGAAGUAGAGAAAAAUGUGCAGCAUUGGAGAACCGAAGCUACGGAUAUAGCAAAGAAAAUUGAAACCCUUGAAUCUCAUACAAGGAAACUCUUGGGCGAAGGAUUGGAAGGGUGCUCGUUAGGUGAGCUGCUUUCAUUGGAGGCUCAGAUAGGAAGAAGCUUGCAGAACAUCAGAGGAGCAAAGCAAUCGAUGUUGGAGGAGCAAAUUGCACAGUUAAAAGAUAAGGUGAGGGUGCUUCAAGAGGAGAACAUAAAAUUGCGUCAAGCGAACCAUAACCAUGCAGAUGCAGAAGCUAAACUGCAGGUAACAGCCAGCCGAGAUGCUGAUCCAAUACAUAAUACUAACAUGGCGGUAGAAACAGAUCUGAUAAUUGGCAGGCCAGGAACUAGAGAGGCUAAAGAAGACAUUGUCCAUCUCAGUGUUCAUCGGCUUGAACAGUAAAGUGAAUAUAAGGAAGUUUACUAUCCAUGCUUGAAUUUUGUAAGAGAUGCCUUGAGGGAACAAUUACUGUAAGGAAAUUGUUUGUUUCUGUGUUUCUAACACCUCAAUAAGUUUAUGUAGUACCAGUGAUUUAAGAAACGCAAUUGGAUGAAUGAGAACCUCGAAAGUUUACUCCUUUGCUGAUU